AUGAAUCUGCUUACGAAUUCGAGCCAAACUGAUUGUCUGCGAACAUCCUCUCCCGCAUCAUCGGUCAAGCUGAACGUAGAAACUCGUUAUCGCAUCCGGGAUGAUGCGACCACCGCCACUUCAAAGUGCAUCCGUUUCCCAUUCCAUCUAUCUGUGCUUCAAAAUCGAGGUGUUUUCCAAACGAACAAACUCGUCGGAUCGUUCAAACUGGACGUGGCAACGCUUUGGCAUCAGAAAGACCACCAAUUCUAUCACAAAUGGGCGCUGCUGACCGAUCCGGAAGACUUCGUUUCUGGUCCCAAGGGGUACCUCAAGUGUGACGUCGGCAUCAUCGGCAAGGGCGACACGGUCAAAGUUCCUCCCAAGUCCGAGAAGGACCCGGAUGACAUCGAGGCGAACCUACUGCUGCCGGACGGCGUUCCCAUCGAACGGCAACGGGCCAAGUUCAUCGUGAAGAUCUACCGGGCCGAUGGCCUUCCACGGAUGAACUCCUCGCUGAUGGCGAACGUCAAGCGGGCGUUCACCGGAGAGGCCAAGGACUUGGUGAAUCCGUACGUGCAGGUGUCCUUCGCCGGGUUGACCGGCAAAACCACCGUCAAGAAGGCCUCCUACAGUCCAGUAUGGAACGAGCAGUUGGUGUUCACGGAGAUGUUCCCACCGCUGUGUCAACGGAUCAAGGUGCAGCUGCGGGAUGCGGACCCCAUGAAACCGUCGAUCAUCGGUACGCACUACAUCGACCUGAAGCAGAUUUCCAACGAUGGCGAGAAAGGAUUCCUGCCGACGUACGGGCCGUCGUUCGUUCAUCUGUACGGUUCAACGAGGGACUACAACCUGCUGGAUCAGCACUCGAACCUGAAUACGGGCCUGGGUGAGGGGGUGAGCUACCGGGCACGACUGCUGAUCGCCAUCCGGACCGAGAUCACCGACAAUGUGGAGCUGUUCACCGAUAAGAAUGUCGACCUGGAAUCCACCCUGCCCAUCUCGGAGUCGUCCUACUGCAAGAACGACGACUUCUUCCUAUUCGGCACCGUUCUGGAAGCGUCCAUGAUCGACCGAAAGGUCAGCGACCGGCCGGUUUUCUUCGAGCUGAGCAUGGGCAAUGCCGGCAACUCACUGGACGGCCACAACGAGAGUGCAACGAUCAUGAACGACGACGACGAGCUGGAAACGGUGGACUCAACCUCGUACAGCAGUACUACAAGUGCCUCGAAACCGUCCACGCACGACAAAAGUCACUUCUUCCUGCCGUACUGGGACAUGAAACCGUGCAUGGACGUGCGCUGUUCGUUUCCGGACCUGCGCAGGCGGAUGUACAACAGUAACAUGAUAGCGAAGAUCACCGAGCGAAUGGAGAUCGGACUGGCGGAGACGAACCUGCUCAUAGAGGAUGAAGAUCCCACGGCGGAGGUGAAGCUGCGGGCAGUGCUUGAAGAGGUCGCAACGAGUUGUAACCAGUAUCUCCAGAUUACGAAGGGGGCGUUGGUUGGGCCGGGGACGGGUAAGACAAAGCUGGAUAAGGAGAGAAUGAAGCUGUGUCAGCGAGAGGUUGAGUCAAUAGGGAAUAUGUCCAGGAAUCUACGGGCGCUGGUGACUAAAAGUUCGAUGAAGGAACGGUACAAGACGGCACAUACGUAUUUGAACAAACUGAAGUUCUUGAUAGAUGAUCCGCAGCAUGCGUUACCGGAUGUGUUCAUCUGGAUGGUGGCCAAUGGGAAACGGGUGGCGUACCAUAGGAUCAGUGCAAGAGAUUUGAUCUAUUCUACGACGGAAGAGGAAACGGGAAUUUACUGUGGAAAGGUGCAGACGAUCUUUUUGAAGCUGCCUGGCAAACAAGCGGAAGGUCCAGCAGGAUGGCAAGUGAGGGCAAAGUUGCACAUCUACCUCUGGUUAGGAGUGUUGAAGCACAAGAAAUCAUUCUACGCAGGGUUACCACGAGGGUAUGAGUUAUGCUACGAAUUUAAGAACUCGGACAAGCCCAAUGUUCCGGCUCCAACGGCUGUCCGCUAUGUGGAUAACCACGUGUUCCAGCUUCGGGCACAUGUCUAUCAGGCGAGGUCGUUGAUCGGGUCGGAUGCGUCUGGUUUAAGCGAUCCGUUUGCAAUCGUGUACAUGACUGAGCACUCGAGAACUACACAAGUGAUUGAAGAGACGCUGAGUCCAACGUGGGACGAGUUGUUGGUGUUCGACGAAAUUGUGAUCUACGGUGCAAAAGAAGAGAUUAGGAAGGACCCUCCAACGAUUGUGAUAGACAUCUAUGACCAGGACAAAGUUGGCAAGUCUGAGUUCAUCGGAAGGGCAUUGGCGAAGCCAAGGAUCAAGCUGAAAGAAAAUCAUUACUCGAACCCGGUGCUGGAGUGGUUUGAGAUCACCAGAGGACUAGACAAUGCUGGUGAACUUUUGGCGGCCUUCGAAAUGCUGGAACUAGGAUCGGUCGAUAUCCCAAGGCUGGCAGAGCCGCAGUGCGUGGCAACGGAGACCCGAGUAGACAAGCCUGGUCCACCACCAAUGGCAAUUAUUCCCGUUCCGAGAGAGGUGCGACCGAACCUAGCACGGUUUCGUAUCGAAGUUCUGUUCUGGGGUUUGCGGGAUCUCAAGCGAGUACAUUUCAUGACGGUGGACAAGCCACGGAUAGACAUCGAAUGUUCUGGGAAAAUACUCAACUCUAGCAUCAUCCAGAACGCCAAGAAGAACCCGAACUUUGCCAACAUGGUCAAGUCGUUCGAUUUGGAACUUCCAGUUGAGGAACGAUACGCUCCUCCAAUUACGGUUCGUGCGGUGGAUUGUCGAUCUUUCGGACGAUACACCCUCGUGGGUACCCAUCAAAUAACAUCCAUUCACAAGUACAUGCAUCGAUCACUACCAAGGGACGAUACGAGGCGCGUGAAUCAGAACGGUCAGAUAAUUCUGUCGAAGCACAAGGAUCUGGUAGGUAACAAUACGACAAUGCCCAACGACAGUUCCAUGAUGAAGUCGAUCUCCGGCGACAACCUCACGCUGUACGGAGCAGCUUGUGUAAGCAAGGUGGCCAAGCACAAGAAGACAAAGCGGAAACUGGAACAUGACGACACCUUCGACGCGGAGGACGACGACGAAUCAAGCAAAGACUGGUGGACCAAGUACUUUCUGUCGUACGAGCGACUGAUUGAAGCCUCGAAGCCUGCGACGAGUUCCCGGGCGCUUGAAAACCACAUUCCAACUGUCGAAGGUGGCAAGAAGCUAGGUGUGAAGACGUCGAAACUCGUGUCCAAACUCAGUCCAAAAUCAACGCCCAAGAAGACCGCCAGUUCGAACACUGCCACGUGCCACAUCUAUCCGACCGAGCUGGAAUCACUGCCGGAGUACAACAACUUCAAGGAGUGGCUUCUGUCCUUUCCGCUGUAUCGUGGCAAGAAAACCGGCGACAGCACGGAGGAUGAAAACCGGAUAGUCGGUUUCUUCAAGGGAGCGAUCAAGGUGUUCAGGCUGCCGAUCGACAAAAGCAUGGAUCCCGCGUUUGCCCCUACACUUCCGCUGAACGACCCGAUCCACGUUCUGGUUCGGGUCUACAUCGUCAAAGCUACCGACCUGCAUCCGAUGGAUUUGAACGGUAAGGCCGAUCCGUACGUAGUGCUUCAGCUGGGCAGCAAACGGGUAUCCGACAAGGAGAACUACGUCAGCAAGCAGCUGAACCCGGUGUUCGGGAAGUGCUUCGAAAUUGAGGCGACCUUCCCGCAGGACUCGAUGCUGACGGUGCAGAUCUUCGACUGGGACUUGGUCGGGGCGGACGAUCUGAUCGGGGAGACGAAGAUCGAUCUGGAGAACCGGUUCUACAGCAAGCAUCGGGCGAUGUGCGGCAUUGCGGCGCGUUACGAAGAUGCCGGGUACAACCAGUGGCGUGACCCGAUGAAGCCGACGCAGAUCCUCACCAAGCUAUGCAAGGAGAACAAGCUGGAACCGCCGCAGUAUCAGCAGGAUAGGGUGUCGAUCGGACGCUACUGCUUCACCUUCACCCACGAGGAGAUCCAGACGUGGAAUCAACCGACGACCUGCAAGUUCCGGGACGAGCAUCUGGCACUGGCGGUUCUACACCGGUGGGAUGAAGUUCCUCGAGUUGGAUGCAAGAUCGUUCCGGAGCACAUCGAAUCGCGAUCGUUGUACAGCACUGAUAAACCGGGCAUCGAACAGGGCAAGCUGGAGAUGUGGGUCGACAUGUUCCCCAUGGAUAUGCCUCUGCCGGGACCUCCGGUCGACAUAUCGCCUCGGAAACCCAAGUCGUACGAACUGCGAGUGGUCAUCUGGAAUACGGAUGACGUAGUGCUGGAGGACGACGCGUUCUUCACCGGUGAGAAGAUGUCUGACAUCUAUGUGAAAGGGUGGCUCAAAGGUCCGCAGGACAUCCAGGCGACGGACAUCCACUACCGCUCACUCACCGGCGAAGGCAACUUCAACUGGCGGUUCAUCUACCCGUUCGAGUACCUGGCGGCCGAGGAGCGGAUCGUCCUCUCCCGGAAGGAAUCGCUCUUCAGCUGGGACGAAACCGAAGUGAAGAUCCCGGCACGUCUGGAACUCCAGGUCUGGGAUGCCGACCACUUCUCCGCCGAUGACUUCCUGGGAGCCAUCUCCCUAAAUCUGAACCGCUUCCCGCGAGGUGCCAAGUCGUCCAAACUGUGCACCCUGGACAUGCUCAAAACGGACAACGUGCCGACGGUGAACAUCUUCAAGCAGAAGCGCGUCCGCGGCUGGUGGCCGUUCUUCAUCAAGAAGGAGAACGACGAGAUGGAGCUGACCGGGAAGGUCGAGGCGGAGAUUCACCUGCUGACGAAGGACGAAGCGGAGAAGAAUCCGGCCGGGUACGGACGCAAUGAACCGGAUCCGCUGGAGAAACCGAACCGACCGGAUGCAUCCUUCAUGUGGUUCCUGAAUCCUCUGAAAUCGAUCCGGUACAUCAUCUGGCACAACUACAAGUGGCGCAUCAUCAAGGGUCUCAUCAUCAUCGGGUUGGCCAUCCUGUUACUGCUGUUCUUCUACGCCAUCCCGGGCUACUCGGUCAAGCGGAUGCUCGGGGCGUAAUGUGAGCAGUUCUUCUGUUUACAGCCAACAUCUGGAACAAAUCUGCGUUUGUUUCUUCCUUUUUGGACGCAGGAAUUUUGUCCGAUUUUCGUUUUGAAGACUGUCUUUUUCACCGAAUGCUUUAACAUAGGACUACGCUUUCGUUUAACUUUGUAUCGAAGUAGGCGUCUGUUUCGAGUCGUGAUAAUUUUCUUUUGAUUUGAAGUAAGUAUAAACACUUUUAUUCAGAAAAUCGUUUAGUAGACUUCUUAAGAAAAUAACAUCGAACAGCAGCACAGCGUAAUUGCAUAUCAGUAUUACCAGACCAUUAUAGUAGAAAGGAAUCAAAGUAGGCGAUUUACGCGUAGAGGGUGACCAAAGGUGUACAAACUUUAGAAAAAGAAAGGUAAACAAAAUAAUGACGUUUUGUAAAUAGAGUGACCAGAACAGGUAUUGUUUUCUCCGAUCAAGUCUUUUUGCAUUUUCUAUAGGAUUCAAUCCAACUUUUGACUCGCACGUAGCGAAUGAAAAUCACAAUCAGAACUUUUUCAAUCUUUUCAAAAUCAAAUUUUGCCAAUCAUUCAACCUAUGGACAGCAAAUCAUACUACUUCUGAGCUUACUAAAGCCUGGUAGUUAGUGUGCGAUUAAAACUAAUGAAUCUAGAUAUCAAAUUCUCGUGGCAUAUCGCUCGAAACCUUAUACAGACAGUAGCGAAAUAGAGAGUGAGCUUCAAAAGUCAGACCAACCAAGCCGACGAUUAUUACCACAGAUUUGUUAACAAAGAAAAACUGAUAAAAUCCCCACCCAAGUUUGCACGAAAGUAUCAAGUUUUAAACGUAAAGAAAUCAUUGUUACCGCAUAUUUAAAGAGAAUGUAUUUUAUUCUAAUAUUAGGAUAGCUGACAGCUGUCAAAUUGACAGACGUCAAACUGACAGCGAGCGCUAAUGUAAACAGAUUUUAAACAAUGUUGAAGCAGCUUCAGAUUUUCUAUACUAUUCGAUUUUUGUUCGACACUCUUGUUCGCUCCGCAUAUUUUCAUAUUUCAAGGUACGUUUUUGAAAACGUUGCUAUAGAUCUUAUACAACUCUAAAGCUUUAUUUUCUCUACCAACAACUCUACACCCUAAACAUGUAAACAAUGUAAACACCAAGUAAAAAUGAAACAAAAACACGAUGCAGCUACUAUCUCCCAUAGAGAAUCAAUCCACCAACAGUUUAUCGAAGAAGGAUCAAACUAUUACUCUUAAAAUUUAAAAACAAACUAACUUGAAAGUUGAAAUAUUUCAAAUUUUAAAAUACAAACACAAUUUGACACAUACACACUAAACUAAAAACAAAUCACGAACACUCUUUACUUAUGAGCAUAAAUAAAAAAACAAAAACAUCCCAUUCAA